CCCAAUCUAUCAAAUCGUCUCCGUUAAAAAUGUUGACCUUUACCAUCUGCCUGUGCUUAUCGGCGCUGCUGGCCGUCAAUGCCCAGAAGGAGCCCCUGACCGCGGCGCAGCGUUGUGACCUGGUGGCCGCCGGCGGAAAGGCAUGCUCUCCCGAUGCCUGCCGCAGCGCCACCUGCAACAUCGUACCGUCAGCCAUAUGUCUGUCGGAUCAGUGCGGCUGCCGAGCCCGUUUCUUCUCCCUGGCCAACGAUCCCCGCACCGAACCGGUGGAGAGGAACUACGCCGAGGUCACCAGCUUCUGCAAAGCCGGAGCCGAUAUUGAUGCGGCCAAGGGUUCCCUGCAGACCGUGCUGUCCACUGAAGAGCGCGCCGCCGACAUUGUAUCGGAGAAUCCCGCCAUCCUGAAGGACGUUUUCCGCGGCUUGAACACAUUCAUCGGUGAUGUAAUGAAGAUCGUCGUCCACUACGCCAAACAGCUCAGCGAGCGCAAACCCAAUUCCGCCACCUUCCAACGCUACAACACCUUGUUGGAUCUGCAGCAGGAUCUUCAGAAGAAGUUGAAGGAUGCCGUUUCCAACGACGAGAGUGUCUUCCUAAUGGAUGAGAGCGGACAACUUUACAAAAUUACAGACGAUGAGCAGUCCGACGCAUCCGCUGAUGUCCAAGAAUUUUGAAGCCGGCAAAUUAUACCGCGAUGAUCCGAACCAAUAAGUGCAAAGAAUGGCUGUCUUCUAGAUUAAACUUUCUGCUUUCCAGGCGCUGGGCGCACGGAUAUUUUUUGUCAGUCGGCUGAAGUUCUGGCUGGUUGGUUUAUACAGUUAAUGACUCGAAAAUAAAU